UCCGGCCUGGCCGAGCCCCCGGCCCUCGCCCCGCUCCUCCGAGGCGGGCGUCGGGAGACACUGCAGCGAGGGGCGUUGCGGGCGGCCGCCGGGCUUGCCGGUGCGUGCGCGCUGCGGAAGGCCAGCCGGGAACCCAGAGCCGGGAGCCGGUGUCCACGCCGGAGCAGGAGCGGGAGCCAGAGCGGCGGCUUCUCCGCGGAGCCGGGUUGCAGCUGCCGCAGCAGGCACCAUGGCCGUGGACGUGGCAGAACGCCACCUGAGCGUCAUCAAGAGCCCACCUGACUGGGAGGUGGGUGUCUACGCUGCGGGGGCCCUGGCGCUGCUGGGAAUCGCCGCUGUGAGCCUGUGGAAGCUCUGGACGUCAGGGAGCUUCCCCAGCCCCUCCCCAUUCCCCAACUACGACUACAGGUACCUUCAGCAGAAAUACGGGGAGAGCUACACAGAGGCCAAGCAGAAGAGGGUGCCUGCCUGGAAUACCCAGCGGGCCAGCGCUCGGGGACCACCCAGUCGCAAAGGCAGCCUCAGCAUGGAGGACACUUUUGAGAGCAUCAGCGAGCUGGGGCCCCUAGAGCUGAUGGGUCGUGAGCUGGACCUGGCCCCCUAUGGAACCCUCCGGAAGUCCCAGUCGGCUGACUCCCUCAACUCCAUCUCCUCCGUGAGCAACACCUUUGGACAGGACUUCACGCUGGGCCAGGUGGAGGUCAGCAUGGACUACGACGCCACCUCCCACACCCUCCGCGUGGCCGUGCUGCAGGGGAAGGACCUCCUGGAGCGGGAGGAAGCCAGCUUCGAGUCCUGCUUCAUGCGCAUCAGCCUGCUGCCCGACGAGCAGAUCGUGGGCAUUUCUCGGAUCCAGAGGAACGCCUACUCCAUCUUCUUCGACGAGAAGUUCUCCAUCCCCCUGGAUCCCGCAGCCCUGGAGGAGAAGAGCCUGCGGUUUUCCGUUUUCGGCAUUGACGAGGAUGAGCGGAACGUCAGCACGGGGGUGGUGGAACUGAAGCUUUCUGUGCUUGACCUGCCGCUGCAGCCCUUCAGUGGCUGGCUCUACUUACAGGACCAGAACAAGGCCGCCGACGCUGUAGGCGAGAUCCUGCUCUCCCUCAGCUACCUCCCCACAGCCGAGCGCCUCACCGUGGUCGUGGUGAAGGCCAAGAAUCUCAUCUGGACCAACGACAAGAGCACCGCGGACCCCUACGUCAAGGUGUACCUGCUGCAGGAUGGGAGGAAGAUGAGCAAAAAGAAGACAGCUGUGAAGAGGGACGACCCCAACCCAGUGUUCAAUGAAGCCAUGAUCUUCUCUGUGCCAGCCAUUGUGCUCCAGGACCUGUCUCUCCGCGUGACGGUUGCUGAGAGCAGCAGCGAUGGCCGUGGGGACAACGUGGGCCAUGUCAUCAUCGGGCCAUCAGCCAGUGGCAUGGGCACCACGCACUGGAACCAGAUGCUGGCCACACUGCGCAGGCCUGUGUCCAUGUGGCACCCCGUCCGGCGAAACUAGCAGCCAGGGCAAGGCCAGGGCGGGUACUGGAGCUGCCCGGAGCCUGGUGCAAGCUCAGGCGUGACACCCUUCUCCAAUGCCCAGCUGAAGCCAUGAGUGCUGGGGUCCCCUGGUGGACUCCCCAUGAGCCAUCUUGGUCCCGCUAUCGAGACUGCACAGGAGGAACGGGCCUGGGUGGCUACUAGGGACCCAGGGUUUCUCCCACUGAGGACCUGCUGUAGCUGGGCACUGGCUCAUCGUUCUCCCAUUUUGAGAGCCCCCGUGGGUCUGCCCCUCAGCCGGGGGGACCUUGGCCUCCCGGAGCUCCCCACACCCCAGCUGGGAGGCCAACGCCGAGCUGGGCCAUGCACUGGAACAGAGUGAGUCUUGGAAGCCAGGCGCUGCACUAGGCACCAGCAGGCGUGACAUGAACAAGACACAGACCUGUAGGACGCCGGGAAGGCGAGAUCCCCUGUCCUGGUGGCCUACUCGGUGCUGCAUGGCGGCCCGGCCGGGCAGACUCGGGGAGGGCCCUGGAGGCUGGGGGCUGGAUGGCGGCUGUUUUUUGGGGGGUAAGGAAAGAACCGAGAGAGUCCCAGGCCGGCAACCCAGCCUGAGCAUGACAGGAAUGGGAGUGCCCCUGUCCACAGUCCUCAGCCCGCUGUGGCACACCCAAGGGCCUCUCUCUGGGCAGGAGGAGAGACCGAGCGAGCAGAGGCCCUCAGGCCUCAUGGGACGCUGGCUCUGGAGUCAUCCUCUGAAAUCUGCUCCCUUGAACCAUCACCCUUAACAAGGCCCAGAGGUCGGCAGAGGCCCAGCUCCAUGUCAUUGUGUUCAAUCCCAUGUGCACUGGGCACUGGCUCCACAGCGUUGUGGGAGCCCCUCCAGGCCAGGCCCUGUUGGGAAGAGAGAUGUCUCAGCCUGUGGGGACUGUGGGCGGUAAGGUGGCCAGAACACAGACUGCACGGGGUCUGGGAGAGAGGCCCUGGGGGCUGCGGGCUCCUGAGAGGACACCUAGGAGCAGGAGACCCUUGGGUUGGGCUUUGGAGGGAGGGGCGGCUGGAGGGAGGGGUGGCCUGUGCAGUGGCAGCAAAGGACAGUCGGGGGUGAGAACGGAGUGUGAGACGGGGAAGGAGGUGGCUCUGGAACACCACGUGUCCUGGGGCGGGCUCCCCAGGCAGACGCUGGGGUGAGGCUUCAAGGGCGAGGGGUUGGUCAGGAAGAGCCCCCAGGGGCCCCUGUAAGAGCAAGAGGGAAGCCCCAUGCAGCGAGCAAGUUGUGGCUUCAGGAGAGUCCAGCGUCAGCCUGAUGCUGGGGGAAGCUCUGAGUGUGGGUGGCACCCCAGGGGGGUCCUGCCUAGAACGGAGGGGCUGAGCUCUUACACCCCCACAGGCAUCAUCUUUGGCUACCUCCCCGCCCUCAGCUGGAGGAAGGUCACUGGCUGAGGCAGCUCCCAUUCACCAAGAGCAGUCCCCCAAAAGCAGGCAGCUGUGCACCCUUCACAGCUGAGGGGUGGGUGUCCAUGUUGGUUUAAAGGGAUGGGGUGAGGGGCACCAUCUACUCUCUGUGGCCACCCACAGGUGAGCACAUGGGAUCUCGGGCUGGCUGCCUCUGGCCCUGGUGAGCCAUGGAGACCCAGGCCCACACGUUUUUCCCCAAUGAUGUGGCAGGAGGGCGUGGCUGGAGCAGGCUGGGAGAGAGGCAGGACUGUGGCUCUCCCCACCCAGCACAGCCACGGCCCAGCCCUGAGGAGGCCAGGCUGUCCACGCUAUAGCCAGCACCGGGAGGUCUGCAUGGCCCAGGGACACAUAACUGGUGCCCACUGCAGCCUGGGAGACCCGAGACUCCUCCUACCCUAGGGGCUCUGCAGUGCCGGCUGUGACUCCCACGUCUUCUCCCUCUUUCCUUCCUUCUAACUGCAUGAAAUGUUGACUGUGCACCUGGGGACUGUGGUGGGGACUGAAUAUGCUGAGUGGAAUGAUUCUAGAACCAAAAUAAAGCUGGGGCAGGAAGA